AGCUGGUCGCAUAUACCCGGUCCAUCGUAGUCCGGUUUAAACCAACUCCUUUCAAGUUUCGUUUCUCAUAGCCGCUGAGUUUGGUCUGUGUCCAGAGAAUGUUACGAAGGUGGAGCAAAGUAGUUUCUCCAAUCUCCAAAUUUGGAUCGCAGAGCCAUCUUUAUUUCGUCAAGAAUGUCACGUGCCAAAGCUACGCUGGGGUUGCACCCGCGCCCAUGAUAGAGGACAAACCUCAAUCCCCUGCGGUUAACCCACACAAAAUGUUUUGGUCUAAACCCUGUUCGCUGGCCCUGCCCCCUGACUCACCCCUCAGAGUUGAAGAACCUAAUUAUCAGGGCAUCAAGCGUUUCAUGCUCAAACUCAUGAUGUUUUAUAGUAAGCAGAGCAGGUCAAUUCGAGGGGCUAAUGUUGUGUACCAUAGAAUCAUUUCACAAGUUGAUAAACCUCCCAUUUAUGAAGUUUUUAACUUGGAGAAAACAUUCAAAACAACGUUCUCUUUACUUGUACUUCAUAUGUGGUUAUGUUUGCGUCGCUUGAAGCAAGAGGGAAAUGAGGGUGUUGAAUUUGGGCAAUAUCUUUAUGAGAUUUACAAUCAUGAUGUGGAGCUAAGAGUGUCCAAAGCUGGAGUUAACCUACUACUGACUAAGUGGAUGAAAGAGCUCGAGAAGAUAUUUUAUGGGAACAUUGUUGCCUAUGAUACUGCAAUACUUCCAGAAGCCAAACCGGGUGAUUUCUCCAAUGUUAUAUGGAGGAAUAUAUUCUCUGAAGAUGGGUCUUCAACAGAAGACGAUGCUGCAUCUCAAUCAGUGCAGGCGCUCGCCAGGUAUGCUCGCCGGGAAGAAAGUUGCAUGACUUUAACAGAUAUAGAAGCACUAUUUUCAGGGAAUUUCAUGUUCACCUCAUUGAAACAUGAGAACGGAAGAGGAAAGAGGCCUCAAUGAUUAGUGACGAUUUCUAAAUUGUGAUUCGGUGAUUGAAAAUACACGCUGUUAUUUUUUUACCUUUCUUAACAAAAAGUGUUGAAUAAUUAUGACAAAAGGCUUGUGUCCUUCUCCGUAAGUCUUUAUACCUGAUUAGCUUGGUGUCUAGAUACUAGAUUUUUUUCAUAUUCUUUGCUCUGUAAAACAAGAGAAGAAAGAGUUGGGCGUGAUUAAAAAGUGUCACUCUUUCUUUUUAAGGUCCUCUGUUCUUUACAGCGUCUUAGCUGCUAUUAACCAGUUGCCUUCGAAACUGAGUUUAUAUGACAGUAAUUAAUGAUAUCCAUAAUUUCUGUUUGUGAUAA